CGUUCGAGAUUUGUCAAUGGAAGACUGCGGCUCCGGUGAGGAAUACUUGUCGUGCGGCUGGUGCGAGCCCAGCUGCUCUGAGCCGACGCCUUCGUGCCCUCCAGGAGUUUGCACUCGAGGAUGCCUCUGCCGUCCACCGCUCAUAAGACACAAGAGCGGACGCUGUAUACAUGAGAAGGACUGUCUUGCACAAAAUUGUCUAGAUCCAAACGAGGAGUAUGUCUGUCGGUACGGAUGCGAGCCAAGCUGCGACAGUCGUCCUUGUACAAAGCGACCCAGACGAUGUUCUCUGGGCUGCUAUUGCAAGCCAGGACUUGUGCGUCAUAAUCACACUAAGCGAUGCAUCAAACGCGAACAUUGUAGCUCCAUCGAUACAAUAAAAAAAACUGUAAAUUAAUAAAAAUUGUUUUACGCUUUUAUGCUUA